UUCUCUGAUCUUCUGAUUCUCUGAUUUUCUGAUUUUAUGAAAAUGGGACGUGUAAAAUGCUGAGUAAGUCUCUUCCAUACAGCUAGUAUUACUGCGGGGCGGGGCCGUGCCCUCAGUACCCGGGACAGCAGGCGCGCCUCCGCCGGCCAUAACGGUAACGCAAGGCGCGUGCCCGGUUGCCAUCGUGACGGCUGCGACGCGGUGGCAGCAGCAUGUCGGACCUGAGCGAUGAGGAGGCUGAGGAGGAGGCCGAGGCUUAUUUGGGGGAGUAUGAUGGUGAGCGCAAUUCUGAAGGUGAACGGCAUGGACAUGGGAAAGCAGAGCUGCCCAAUGGUGAUAUGUACGAGGGUGAAUAUGAGCACAGUCUUAGAAACGGGCAGGGGACCUACAGAUUUAAAACUGGUGCCUGCUACAUUGGAGAAUAUCUUCAAAAUAAAAAGCAUGGCCAUGGUACUUUUUAUUAUCCAGAUGGAUCAAAAUAUGAAGGAAGCUGGGUAGAUGAUCAGAAACAUGGCUAUGGAGAAUAUACAUACGCAAAUGGAGACACCUAUGCUGGAGAAUGGUUUAACGACAAUAGGCAUGGACAAGGUACAUACAUCUAUAAAGAGACUGGAUCCAUGUAUGUUGGUGGAUGGGUAAAUGGAAUACAGGAAGGAGAAGCAGAGCUUAUCCACCUAAAUCACAGAUAUAGGGGCAAGUUUUUGAAUGGAAUUCCUGUAGGUCGUGGGAAAUAUAUCUUUGACAUUGGAUGUGAACAGCAUGGUGAAUACAUACAGUCAGAGGAGGAUAAAGGGAGGAAAGAAGAAGAAGAGGAGGACCCCUCUUUACUUGCUGCACCAAAGUGGAAAGUGACAGAAAUCACUAAAUUAAUACACUGGAUGCCCAACGUGGAAAAGGAACCUUCUCCCAGUGAAGGCCCCCCAGCAGCAGCAGCAGCAGCAGAGGCAGCAGCAGCAGAUGAAGCAGUGGAAGAAACAGCAGCAGAUGAAAAAGACAAAAUGCAAACAAAUGCAGUCAUUGACGAAUCUGCUGAACACAGGGAUGAUAUGCCUUCUCUUCAUAAAGUAUCCAGUGAAGUUUUCAGCCCAGCAAAGGAUGCAGAAGUAGAAGAUGAGGAAACAAGGGAAGAAGAAAAUGAAGAAGGAGAAGAGUACCAAGGAACUGCUAGCUUAGAAGAUGAGGAGGAAUCAGAGGAAGCAGAGUAACUGGAUACAACUAAAGACAAAUAUAGGCAGAAAAGGAAAUUGCAGAGUAAAUCAUUAGUUAAGGUAAACCUACAAUAUUUUUAUUCGUAUCUUUGUUAUUUUUUGAAUAAACAUUUCUGUCACUGUUCUGUCUGGAAUAUACCUCUCCAGAACUUUUACAAUCCCAGAGUGUGCCAUCUCAAGACCACUUAAUUCCAUAGCGGCAGGCAGUUGUUGAAUUCAGUAUUGGAUAAUUUUGGAUCUAUAAAGUUGAGUCCUCACACAUUCAUGGAAUCAAAGUUUUGAAACACUUGGCAUGAUAGUUCUAAGGCAGAACAUAUAUGCAUCCAAUAACUGACUGGACCACUUGUGCCUGUAGUAAUUAG